AUGAGCCCUCUUCAUAUCCUAAUUUCAUUCUUUUUGCCUACCUUCUUUCUCUUGUCAUGCUCCUCCAUACCUAUUGUGCUAUCUAAAACAACCAUCCAAAGCCAAUGCCUUGAUGACCAGAGAUCUGCUCUGGUUCAAUUGCAGCAAGAUCUUUACUUUUCUCCUCAUUUUACUUUCUCUUCCAAAGUUGAGCUUUGGGAUCUCAAAACAGAUUAUUGCUCUUGGAACGGAGUCACUUGUGAUGCUCUUGGUCAUGUUAUUGGCCUCGAUCUUAAUUACAAAACCCUCUCAGGAACCUUUCAAUCUAUUUUCGAUCUCCAUCAUCUUCAACGCCUUAAUUUUGCUGGAAACAACUUUAAUACCACUUUGUUUCCCUAUAGGUUUGAAGGACUCCCAAAUUUAACUCAUCUCAAUCUCUCAGACUCAUGUUUCCAUGGUCAAAUUCCAAUGGCAAUCUCACACUUAACAAGGUUAGUGUCUCUUGAUCUAUCUAAUCAAGAUUAUUGCUAUCGGAGAAAUGAUGUUGAUUAUUAUCCUACUCUAAAAGUAGAGAAACCAAAUUUCAACUCAUUAAUCAAGAAUUUGAUGUUUCUCAAAGAGCUCUAUUUGGAUAGUGUGAGCAUUUCAACUCAAGGUACAAAAUGGUGUGAAAUCAUAUCGUCAUCACUUCCAAAUUUACAUGUGUUAAGCAUGUCAUCCUGUGGUUUGACAGGUCCACUUUGUUCUUCUUUCUCCACACUCCAUUUUCUCUCCAAACUUAACCUUGACAAUAACCCAAUCUCUUAUUUGCCUCCAAAUUUCUUGGGAAUUUCCUCUCGAUUGGUUUCUCUCAGUCUAAGGAAUUGCAAUUUGUGUGGGCAUUUUCCAACUGAAGUUUUCUUAUUGCCCAAAAUGCCAAAGCAUUGA